AUGUCAGCUACGCAGCUCUUGAAUCCCAAGGCGGAGAGCAGGAGAAGAGGAGAAGCGCUGCGUGUGAACAUCAACGCUGGCGAAGGACUCCAAGAUGUGCUUAAAUCCAAUCUGGGACCUUCAGGGACUAUCAAGAUGCUUGUGGACGGAGCAGGUUCGAUCAAGCUCACAAAGGACGGAGCAGUGCUCUUGAAGGAAAUGCAAAUACAGAAUCCUACAGCUGUUAUGAUAGCAAGGGCAGCAACAGCGCAAGAUGACAUCUGUGGAGACGGGACUACCUCCGUCGUCCUGCUGGUUGGCGAGCUCCUGAAGCAAGCAGAUCGAUACAUACAGGAAGGUUUACAUCCACGCAUCAUCACCAAUGGCUACGAGAUUGCCAGAGUGGAGACGUUGAGAUUCUUAGACACCUUCAAGAUUACCCGUUCGGUUGAUCGUGAACUCCUUCUCUCUGUUGCACGAACCUCCCUUUCCACCAAAAUAAAUGCUGCACUGGCAGAACAAUUAACCCCCUCGAUAGUUGACGCUGUAUUGGCUAUUCACCGACCCCCAGAGAAGCCUGAUUUGCAUAUGGUGGAGAUCAUGAAGAUGCAACAUCGGACUGCAUCGGAUACCCAACUUAUUCGAGGGCUUGCUCUGGACCAUGGUGCACGACAUCCCGACAUGCCCAAGCGCGUGGAAAACGCAUACAUUCUAACCCUCAACGUCUCUCUCGAAUACGAAAAAUCAGAAAUCAACUCAGGAUUCUACUACAACAGUGCCGAACAGAGAGACAAGCUAGUGGCGUCGGAACGAAAAUUCGUGGAUGAAAAGCUUCGAAAGAUUGUCCAGCUCAAGCAGCAAGUGUGUGGUUCUGAUCCGAAAAAGGGCUUCGUGGUCAUCAAUCAGAAAGGAAUCGACCCUCUAUCAUUAGACGUCCUAGUGAAGAACGGUAUCCUCGCCCUACGCCGCGCCAAGCGAAGAAAUAUGGAGCGACUGCAGCUCGUCUGCGGCGGCAGUGCACAAAACAGCGUUGACGAUCUCGAUCCGUCGGUCCUCGGCUGGGCUGGUCUUGUCUACGAGCAUACUCUGGGUGAAGAGAAAUACACCUUCAUCGAGGAAGUCAAGGACCCCAAAUCGGUCACCCUGCUCAUCAAAGGUCCCAACCAACACACCAUCACCCAGCUAAACGAUGCAGUCCGCGACGGCCUCCGUAGUGUCUACAACACGAUCAUCGAUCAAUGUGUCGUUCCCGGUGCCGGCGCAUUUCAAAUCGCAGCCGCAGCCCACCUGUCAUCAGAAUCCUUCCGCAAAACCGUCAAAGGAAAGGCGAAAUGGGGCGUAGCUGCUUUUGCAGACGCAUUGCUUGUGAUACCCAAAACUCUAGCCUCCAACAGCGGGCAUGAUAUCCAGGAUGUGCUGGCUGCUUUACAGGGCGCUCACGCCGAAGGAAAUAUGGUUGGCCUGGAUCUGACAACAGGGGAGCCGAUGCUUCCUGUGCAGGAGGGUGUCUUUGACGGAUUCAGGGUGCUGAGGAACAGUAUUGCGAGCAGUCAGGGAAUUGCGAGCAAUCUGCUGCUCUGCGAUGAGCUGCUCAAGGCGAGGCAGAUGGGGAAGCAAAGUGGACCAGGUGGGCCGGGCGGGAUGGAAGAAUAA